AUGACCUUUUCGAUACAUAGAGCGGGAGCCUAUGCGGAUAAUAAUGUCGGUAAUUCUGCCAGUAGUCGCAUCAGAGACACCCGAACUCAGAUUGCAAAGUACACUCAAGAUCUCACUGGAAAAAAGAUCGCAGUUGGUCCGGGUAGCUUAUUAUACUUUCAUUGGGUUGGAGUUGAAGCCAUUCUCGACAUAUGGGCAACUGCUGCCGGUUUUAGACCAAGUGGUGAUCAAGAUCUUCCAAGUACUGGAGGAGAUUCUCCUUCUGAUCAAGGCAAUAAAUUGAUCGAUCAACAAGUCGCUGCUGUUCGAUCUCAAAUUGAACAAAUGACGAAAAAUGCAGCCAUUCAAAUGUACUCGUCUGCUAUCAUCUUAAUGACAAUACCACCCCUCGAGGGCUCGCCACGGGUUGUGACUCAGAUCAAAGCAUGGUCCGACAAGAACAAACUCUCGGCUUCUCUCUAUCGCGAUAUCAUCCAACGUUUAGUUAGACGAUACAAUCAAGGAUUGAAUGCCAUCGCAGACUCCUUCAAGGCCGAUAAUUCCACUAACGUUGAUUUCAUAAAAGUCUUCGACACGGCACCAACUUGGAACCGAAUCCUUGAAGCUCCCGCUAAAUAUGGACUUGUGAACGUAACGGACGCGGUCGACCUUGCUGGCAAUCCAAAUCAGUACUUUUACGUGGAUUCCCUGUACCCCUCAUCGACAGUUCAAGCAGUCCUUGGAGACAAUGUAGCUCAAUUUGUCAAGUCUAUCAAGGUUUGA